GAAAUGAUGCCGAUGUAAACAAAUUCUGUAGACCCUGGCUUGGCCCAAUCCAUGGCGAUAUUUGUUGAAAUAGUUGGCGUAUGUGGGAAGUUAUCAGUUUAGCAAAUAGUUUUCUAAAAGAAACGCAAAAUGAAUUCCUCCACCUCCGCUGGUGGUGAAAAGGCGGAUACUGUACCUGCCCGCAAACGACAGAUACGGCAAAGUGUAUUGGGAAUGCUGAAAAAGGUGGAUAUCAAAAAUAGAGGCUUGAAACGAUUCUUCUAUUUCACCUACGAGGCAGAACCAUCGGUGAAGCAGGAAAAUGUGAAAAAACUCUACUUCAGCAAUGGGGAAAUCUGCGAGGGGGAUGAAUAUUUUCUGCAGCACAUGAAAAAGAGCGUGUUCGUGAGUAAUAUCCCUGGUGGCACGAAGAAAUCGGAGAUAUACCAACUGUUCCAGCGCUUUGGUAUGAUACUUUCGAUUGAGUUGCGUACCCGCGGUGGCCGAAGCAUAAUGGGCCGUCAGUCACAGUAUCCGUUUGAAAUUGGACCGUACCUGUGCAGCACGAUCGAGUUUGACUCGGCCGACAGUGCGAAGAAUGCAUGUGAGGUAAAAACGGAAAGUACCUACGUUGCCAAACCGAUCGUGAACCCGUCGUUGCUUGGGACAGAACAUUGUGUGUAUGUUGAAAACAUACCUACCGCAACGACUCGCCAGGAGCUAUGGCAACACUUCAAGAUGUUUGGACCGAUCCGUUCGAUACGGAUGGAGUUUCCGGACGGUACGCUAGUGCUUACCGAUGCCGAGUACGCACAGCUUCGUUCGGUCAACUGUCACAUCCGCUUCCGCCGGAGAGCUGAGGCUCGUGCUGCCGCGAAAGCACUAAAUCGCAGCACGUUCAAAGAGCGUCACAUCUCCGUCCAGAUGGCAUAUCAAAAAUACUGUAAUCCAGACGAGCUAUCAAACAAUGCACUGCGAAUCUUCUUUCAACCUUUCGGUGACGUGGUAUCGCUCGAUCAAAUGCCCCAUCAACGGGCGGGCUACGUGUGCUUCAAGCCACCGAUUCCGGUGGACAUGAUAAAGCGCGCGAACCAACAAUCGUUCCGCAACCGGCGUAUAACGAUCGAAAAACUUGACCUGCCGGGCGCUCCGAAGGAUGGCAAAUCGAUGAAAGCGGUUGGCAAUGGCAAAAAUGGCCGCGAAGCAACAAAUUCUGGCAAUGGUAGUGGAAGUAAUAGUAAUAGCAGAGAGGGUGCUACGGGUGCUUCCGGUAAAACUUCUUCCAGCAAUGCACUGCAGGUAAAGUUGGGUCGAAAGAUCACCCGCAAAGGGCUUCCAGUGGGACGCAAACCGUUAGCGAAGAAGGUGGGCAGUGAUCUGACCAAAACCGAACCCGGAAAGGGUGGCGGUAAGGCGACGUCCGAGAAUGCGAAGGAAAAUCGGGCCACUUCGUAGGUGAUUGGGCGAUGGGGAAACAAAUCUUCCACCGGCAACAAUCGCCACCCUCGAAUAGUGUAAAAAAAAUAAAAAGUUUUAUUUAAAUGUUCCCUCUUUUUUAA